AUGGGUGCUUUCUUCAUUGGGUGGCAGUUAUGGGAGGAAAUGACAUUUGUUUUAGCAUGCUGCAUAGUGUUAGUCUUUGCCUUUGGGCUUGUAAGACUCUGGUGGACCAACCGUAAAAUUGCGAGGCUCGAAUUGAUAGACGAAGAACGGCGAGUGCGGCUGGCAGAGAUGCGGUACUGCGGUAUCAACGCACGCGGCAUCAACGAUAUUCCAUUCGGGGUGCGCGCAAUACAAAAGGGUAUCCAGGUCGAAGGCAUCUGGAUAUCAAGGCCUAACACGCCCGAUGCCAGCCACGUCACCGGCUCUCCCACUCUUAUUGGCGACUCGACAGAUCCAAGAGGGAAAUCAAAGAGAAAGGGAAAGGGAAAGGCGCACUAUAUUCCAGUGGAUGCCACGGAGACUGCCAUGCCAUCCUCGUCACGCGAAACUACGCCUACAUCAAGCACCUCGACGCCUCCACGAAACAAAUAUGCCGGUUCAAACGAUGCACGACAGUCACGACACCGGCAGCCAGUGGAUAUGGAUACCCCCAAAGGGUCGGUCGAAGCUCAACGCAAAAGCAUUGCCCGUCAAAUGGCUUCUCGCAAUUCUUCGGCCAACCGAAGCAGCAUGGCUUCGUCUUCCAUGGGCGGCGAGAUUGUGAUUCCCCACUCGAGAAGCUCUUACGCCAGCUCGAAGCCAAUGCUCGCCGGAGCUACAGAGUACUGCUCUGAUCUAUCUAGAACCGGAACAAACGAAUUAUACGACGCACCUCCGCCCGCGGCUUGGGACCAUGGAUACAGUAGCUCUGAUGCAGACAAUUCAGAAGCAGCGGGCCGACGAGCAAGACCGGGCCCCUCUAGGCUGCAGAAGAAAGCAGCCUUUUAUACGCAAGUGCGAAAUUAA